AUGACGGCGUCAUUGUAUGGGGUUGUGGUGAGUGAGGAGGUCGAGGAUUGGGGCCUGCUUUGCGCGCUCGGAGGCCAGGAGCUUAUGCGCGAGGUGCACGACGCGGUGGACGUGGCGGCGGGUUGUGGGAUGGGAUGGGUCAUGGUUGCGCAUGCAUUGGGUUAUAUAUGUGGUCAUGCGGUUGAUGAGAAUGUCGGUGCUGGUGGCGCCAGUGGCGGUGGGGAAUGUCCCUGCAUGCUUGCCUAUGAUGGGUAUGGCCGCGUUGGGUGGAAGGGGAUCCAUUGUAUUGGUUUUACCUGCUUGUUUGUGGAACGGUGGCUGCGCGUGGGUGGGAGAUGA